CAGUCACGCGUUCCACCCAUACGCCGCAGUCCAAAGGCACUUUGUCUGUAUCGUUCACCAGCACACCUCUGGACGCACCGGAGCCCGUUUGGGAGCUUUGUCAGAUUUGACCUCUCCAUUCCUUUUUUUGGCGGGGCCACGCGCUCACUUGGCGUGAACAAAGCGACAGCGGCGGGUCACAAGUGGACGAAGGGGAAACGACAUUAGCCUCAACGAUGGCCGCCCUCAGCAUCUCAAAUACGACUUUUGCUCUCGAGCUGCUGCGCACCUUGAGCCAAGCCAACCCCACCGGAAACAUCUUUGUGUCGCCGUUGAGCAUCAGCUCGGCGUUAGCGAUGGUCUACCUGGGAGCCAAAGGAGACACCGCUACGCAGAUGGCAAAGGCUCUGUCAUUCAGCUCCGGUGAAAGCGUCCACGCGGACUUCCAAACUCUCAACGCGGACAUCAAUUCACCCUCCGCGUCGUACGUCCUGAAGCUGGCCAAUCGCCUUUAUGGAGAAACGACUUCCCGCUUCCUAUCUCAAUUCCUCGAUGCCACGCAGAAGUACUACAAAGCCGAUCUGAAGACCGUCGAUUUCAUCGCGGCUCCGGAGGCUUCCAGGGCGGAGAUUAACAGCUGGGUGGAGCAGCAGACGGAGAAUAAGAUUCAAGAUCUUCUGAAGCCGGGAACGGUCAGCACCAUGACGCGAUUGGCUCUGGUCAAUGCCAUCUACUUCAAAGGCAACUGGAAGCACCGCUUCGAUCCGGCCGACACCAAAGAGAUGCCGUUCAAAGUCGCCCAGAAUGUGACGACGUCGGUGAAUAUGAUGUAUCUGAUGAAGAAAAUGCCUUACAACUACAUUCCCGAGCUGGGUCUGCAAAUCCUGGAGCUGCCGUACCUGGACGAUGAGCUCAGCAUGCUCAUCCUGCUUCCGGAGGAGACGAGCGAUGGCACUGACCCACUGCUGAAGCUGGAGGAGGAGCUGACACACGCGAAGCUCGAUGAGUGGACCAGCAGAGACAACAUGGACAUCCACUCCGAAAUCGUUGUUCAUCUGCCAAAGUUCAAACUGGAAGAGGAGUACGAGCUGAAUGAGCCUCUCGCUAAACUGGGCAUGACAGAUGUGUUUUGUGCCGCAAAGGCCGACCUUUCCGGAAUGAACGGCGAGGGAGGACUUUUUCUGUCCACAGUGGCCCACAAAGCCUUCGUGGAGGUCAACGAGGAGGGCACCGAAGCUGCCGCGGCCACUGCUGGCAUCGCGGCUUUUUGCAUGCUGAGGGAGGAACACUUCACAGCAGACCACCCUUUCCUCUUCUAUAUCAGACACAAUAAAUCUAAUUCGAUCCUUUUCCUCGGAAGGUUCUCCUCUCCGCAGUAGGAAAAAAAAAAUCGAAUAAAGAUAUGCAAUGAAGGCUA